AACAGCGAUUGAAUAGUGUUCAAUUUACCAUUUUCAGGCAAUGAUAGAUGAUAAAUAAUUUUGAAUUAUAUAUUAUUGAAUAAAUCGGAGCGAUUAAAUCACUCUUUGCAAUAUAUCUCAGUAACGAUUCUGUAAUACAAGACAUCGAACUUUUAACAUCCAAGUUGCAUCAUCCUAUUAUCGUAACAAAAGUAGCGGACUAUCCAAGAACAAUGUAUACGUAAGAGAAUUCAGACGUAUAAAGAAAUUCAUUCAUUUGCAUUAAAGUUCUUUAAUUAAAAAAAAAAGAAUGGAGAAACCGAUAGUGACUAACAACAAUAACAAAACCAAUGAGGCGACAUCACGGAUAGAACCUUCCCAUACAAACAGGAUGUAUAAAAAAUAUUUCGGGUGGAUAAAACAUGUAUCAGUAGAGCCGACUAUGUGGCUCUACAUGAUGGCAUUUAUGUUCACAUCGGUCGUAGAGCAAGACUUGUUUAGAUAUAAAGCGUGUCGAGUGGAUCAUGGUUGCUCUGAAGAAAUUUGUAGGCACUUAAGUGAUGAUGAUAAUAAAGAAAUAAAGACCAAAGUACAGAUGACUGUCUCAGAAUUCCAUCAAUGGAACGACAUUGCCGGACACGUGGUGCCUAUAAUCUUGGCGAUGUUCUAUGGCAACUGGAGUGAUCGGCGUGGACGUAAAUUGCCGAUCAUUCUUGGUCUAACGGGCAAAUUUAUUUACUCCUUCAUGAUCGUGAUCAAUUCCAUGAUAGACACUUGGAAUUUGAACAUGGUGGUGUACACGGCGACUCUGCCGAUGAGCAUUCUGGGCAGCGAUGUCGCGAUCUUCGGCAGCUGUUUCACGUAUAUAUCGGACAUAAGCUCCGUGCAACAGAGAACCAUGAGAAUCACGAUCUUGGACGUCGUUUAUCUCAGUACUAUGCCUACAGGAGUUGCACUUGGAUCGUACGUGUUUACACAUUUUGUCAACAUGUCCUACGCGAUUAUGUUUGCUGUAAACGCGACUUUGCUUUUAAUAGCGAUUAUAUAUUCGCUUGUGUGGCUCAAAUGGCAAACGUCACCACGGCAGCAACCGCUUUUGGGCAAUAAUUGGCUGCUAGACUUCUUCGACAUGCGACAUGUCGCCACGACAAUACGAACAUUGUUGAAAUCGAGACUCAAUCAUGGUAAAUUACACCUGUGGUUGCUCCUGCUGGCGAUGUAUCUAUAUACAUUCCAGAGAGAUGAAAAAGUCAAGAGUCAGAUGUAUACCUCGCUAAUCUUUAACUGGAAUGUGACGGAUUUUAGCAACUUUAAAACGUUCCAAUCGACCCUUUUCGUAUUAGCAAUGCUCAUUGGAGUGCCUAUCAUGAGUAAAUUAAUAAGAAUGAAGGACACUUUCAUCGUAAUGGUUGGAGCAAUAGCGCACGCAGCUGGAAGAAUAGUAUUUGUUUUAGCGAACCGGCCGGAAUUAUUUUAUGUGGGUGCUACUGUCGCUGCAUUAGGACCAAUAGUAGCUCCAGUACUCAGAUCUAUGACCUCGAAACUUGUACCUGUAGAGGAACGAGGGAAAGUGUUCGCGAUGCUUUCCGUAUGUGAUAAUGCAGUUCCGCUAUUUAGUGGCAUUUUAUAUUCCCAACUUUAUAACGCUACAAUAAAGACAGCACCGAACUCUUUUUAUUGGCUGACAUUCGCCACACAGAUUGCCGUGCUUUUAAUAAUUCUAUUGGUUCAGUUUUCAUCCUGGUCUAAGCAUGCAACCGAGCAACAGGAUUACAAUGAUGAUGAGGUUGUGGCUCCAUCUCUUUCAAAUACUAUUGAAGCUAGCUCGUCGAGUAACGUAACAAACAGAUCUUAGAGAGAUUGUACCUGCCUUACAUACAUAAUGCAUCGAAGGUCAUAGGUACCUCGUCACACACUAACAUUUCAUUUUAUAAAAAUAAAAUUUGUAAAUAGAUAAUUUACAUCUGUAAUGUUACAAC